GACCCCCGGGACCCCCCCGGGACCCCUCGGAAAUCUUUCAACAUUCCCAAAAAAAAACCCAAAAUUCCCAAUUUUUCUGCUCCAAAACCUCUGGAAUUCCACCCAAAGAUGUCCAGGAAGCAGCAGCCCAAAGAUUCCUUGGGAUUCAUCUUCGAUGUUCGCUCCGGGGCCGUGCGGGCGCAGGGCGGCUGCUCCGAGAACAUGAAGGAAAAGGUCCAGGCGGUGCGGGCGGUGGUUCCCCAGCGCAGCACCACCGAGAUCCUGCUGGUGCUGCAACACUUCGACAACGCCGUGGACAGCGCCGUGCAGGCCUUCAUGGAGGGGAAUGCCAGCGAGGUGCUCAAGGAAUGGACGGUGACCGGGAAAAAAAAGAACAAGAAGAAGAAACCCAAAGCCAAAUCCCAGCCCGGCUCCGAUCCCGCGGGAAAAUCCCAGCCCGGGGAGGAGGGAAAUUGGGAAAAGUCGGGAAAACCGGGAAUUUCCCAGAACGGAUUCCACGGGAACGGCGCCGAAUCCCCGGAGCCGCUCGGGGAGAGCCCCCAGGGAGGAGCAGCCCUGGGGAACGGAAUUCCGGCUUUUCCCGCCCAAUCCCGGAGCGACCCCGGCGGGAAGAAACUGGGAGCGGGGCUGGAGAAGUCUCGGAAGGAGCUGCGGCGCUGCGGGGCUGCGCUGGCGCGGUGCCGGGCGCUGCUCAGGGAGGAGCUGCAGGGAUCCCUGCGCCGGCUGCGGGCGGCCUUCAGCGACAUCCACGCCUGCCUCAUGGAUCGGGAGGUCGCUCUGCUGGCCGAGAUGGACAAAGUCAAGGCGGAAGCAAUGGAGCUGCUGGCCCUGCGGCAGCGCCGGGCCGAGGCCCUGCGGGAGCUGACGGAGGCGGCGCCGGGAAUGUCGGAGGAGCAGCUCCUGGAGCUCCGGGCCGACAUCAAGCACUUCGUGAGCGAGCGGAAGUUGGAUGAGGAGCUGGGCCGGGCCGGGCGCUUCGGCUGCGACCUCGACGCCCUCAGGGGCAGCAUCGGAGCCUUCGGACAGGUUUCCCACCCCCGGCCGAGCUAUUCCAGCCGCUCCCGCUGCAGCUCCGGCCCCGCAUUCCCAGCGGGAUCGGCCCCGGAAUUCCCGGAAUUCCCAGCGGGAUCGGCCCCGGAAUUCCCGGAAUUCCCAGCGGGAUCAGCCCCGGAAUUCCCCAAGGGCAGCGCGGCCCCAACGGAGCCCCCACAGCCCCCCGGAAUUCCCGAGCCCCCCGGGCUCCGGAGCCGCCCGGGAGUUCGGGAAGCGCCGGGAAAGCUCCGCGGGAGCCGCCCCGAGGGAGCCAAUUCCUGA